AUGGAUUCAUUUAUAAGUUUAAAUAAGUUAUGUGAAAAACUUGGUUCUGAAAAACUAUUAAUAUCAAAUGAAUUAAAAACUAUACAAAAAUUACAUGAACAAAUUAAUGACCAUUUAUCUAAUUUACAAAAAUCAUCUUGGCUAAAUAAACAAGAACAGUUUUUACUUUACAAUUUAAUUCAUCAUCAUCCAUCAAUUUCUCCAGACAAUUGUAGUAGAUUGAUAGAAGAAUUAUCAUCUUCUAAUUUUAGUGAAGCAUGGAAAGGUUUUGGACAACAUCAUACUACAUUUACACAAAUUUUUAAUAUUCUUUAUUCAUCACCACAAUCUGUUGCAGAGUUAUUAGCGGCCUCUGAUAAUAUUGAAAAAGUCAAUGGAAAAUAUAGUACAGAUGAUUUAGUACGAUCUAUUUAUUCGUCUUUAUUUUUAUCAUGUAUUUUUCCACUAGAUGAAGCAUUAAUGUUAAAAAUUUUUAAACAUUUAAUUCCAUUGCAAAUAAUUUCCUCAAAUGACCCUAGAAAAGUUCUUCGUCGCGGAAAUCGUACAAUUUCAAAAUUAUUUAGAUUAUUUUUUGAUGGAUUAUAUCCAGCAAAAAUAUUUAUAACAUCAGCGUUACAUGAUGCUAUAUUAGAAGUCUUAUCAGGUGAUAGUCUUUUUUUAGAUGUUGAUCCUACUAAAUUACUUCAACGUUUUUCAAAAUCAAUGAGAGAAUCAAAAUUUGGUAAAGAUGAAACAUCUUUUUCAUAUCUUGAAAAAGUAACUAUUUAUAGAAAAGAAAUUGUCCAAAAAUUAGUACAUUAUGUUAAAAAAUUUAUUGAUGGAAUUAAUCAGGCAAUGAUAUGUUUUCCAAAUUCACUUACUUGGUUUGUCAAAGAAAUUAAAAAUAGUUUUUGUAACAAUGUAAAUAAUAAAAUAUUAAAUAACGAAAUAACCUUAAUUUGUACAGAAAUAAUUUUUACUCAUUUUAUUUGUCCAGCUAUUUCUAAUCCUGAAUAUUUAGGAAUUAUAUCAGAUACACCUAUAAGCAAUGUGGCAAGAUUUAAUUUAAUGCAAAUUGGACAAAUAAUUCAAUCAUUAGCUAUGUAUCAAUUUGAAAAACCUUCUUUUAAUACAUCUGAUGUAUUUGAUGAAUUAGACGUUACAUCAAUGAGUAAUAUUGUAACAUCAAUUUUAAAUUCACCUAAUGUACCAUGUGAUACAUAUUCUAUAAAUAUAAUAAAUAAUGAAGAUGGUGAUGAAUUAUAUCAACGAAAACAUUUUACAUGUUCAAUUUUUGAUGCAAAAGUAAUUAUAUCAUAUCUUCGUACACCAUGUAUUGAAGCUAUUUCUGAUCAAAAUAUUAGAAGAGAUAUGAGAAAUUUACUUCUUCGUAUGCCAUCUGAAUUUACUACUGAAAAAAUAACUGAAAAUUUAAAUGUUAUUUCAAAUAUAUCAAGAACUGAUUCUCCCUCAAGAACAAAUAAAUUAAGAAGUAUUGCAGAUAGAGGAAAAAGACUUUUACACAAUCAUCCAUCAAAAUUAUCAUCAUUUGUUAGAUCUGAUUCUGUUGGACAUAAUUUAUCAUCAUCACCAGUACAAUGUUCUCCCAGUUUACAAAAUAUUUCUAAUAUAGAAAUAGAUAUUGAUAAAAAUAUGUUUGAGGUUGUUAUAUUACCCUUAGGAGAUAUAAAAGAACCAGUUGGUUUAUUAAGUGAAGAAAAAUUUAUGUCAUCACUUCAUUUUAAUAAAAAAUAUUCCAUGGGAAAUAAAUUAAGAAUUGAAAAAAAAGCAAGAUUUGUAACAAAUACUGAAAGUUUAAUAUCAGAUCAAACUAUUGGAUCAAUUGGUGUUGAUUGUGGUGAAGAAGAAAAUCCAUCUAUAUGUUCAUCAUUAGAUGAUAAUUUACCAAAUGAUAAUGAUAAUGUUGAUGGUGAAGAUAUAUCAACAUUACCAGAUAAUUUUAGUAAUAAUACUGUUAGUGAUGACGGAAAUAGUAGUUCUGAUGAUGAUGGUGAUGAUGAUGAUGAUGAUGAUGUUGAUAAUAAUGUUGAUGGUGAUGAUGUUAGUGUAGACAGAAGAACAUCAAUAUCUAUGGUUCAACAUGAACAAAAUGAUGCUCCAGCUUCAUCAACAAGAGCUGCUGUAGCACCAGAUCCAAUACCAGUAAUGCCUUAUGUUCCUGUAACUGUAAGAAAACAAAAUCCAGAAGGGUUAGAAGAACAAUUUGGAAAAUUUGGAAUUCCAGAAAUUUCAACAAAUCAAAAAAAUAAAGAUGAUACAUAUAGUUUAGUUUCUGAUUCUUGGAGUACUGAUGUUGUUGCUUCAGAUAAUGAAGGUAUUAGUGAAAAAAAUGAUAGAAGUACAAGGGGAAGUUCUUCAAAUACUGUUCAUUCUACACCAUUACAAAGUGGAAAUCUUUUAGUUCCAAAUCAAAAUGGUUUAGAAGAUAAAAGUGAUACUUGGAGUUUAGAUGCAUUGGCUAGUGAUUCUGAAGCAGAUCCAAAUAAUACUCAACGAAGACAAAAUGAAUCUGAUACAGUAAAUAAUUUACAAGAUAAUUCUCCAACUGAUGAUAUUUCUAGAAAUGAUAAUGGACUUUUAAAUGAAAAUAAUAGUCAACAAAAUAAAGAUAGUGGAAGUUUAAUAAGGCGACAAAGUAGUGGUAGUUCGUUUUAUUCAAAAAGUGAAAUUGAUGCUGAUCCUAUAAGUAAUUUUAGUAACAAUACUCCUAUAAAAAAUGAAUCACAAUCAAAUCGUAUUAGAACAGGUUUUAGUAAUAUUAAAAAUUUUUCAAAUGCUUUUGGUAUGCAAAAAAAGAAAACAGAAAUAUUACUUGGAAUUCAAAAAAAAGCUGGUCAAGCAAUGAAUACUAUUAAAAAUUCUAUAGUACAAUCAGAUCACAAUAAUUUACCUUCAUCAAAGAAUAAUUUAAAUUCUAUAUAUCAAAGUAAUUCUUCAAAUCAAUUAAUUGCUUUAGGAGAAGAUGCUAGUUCAUCAAAUAAUCAUAAAAAUAAUUGUCUUGCUGAUGAUAUACUAGACAAAUAUAAAAAUAUGAGAAUCAUAAACAAUACAGAACACAAUAAUAUUACUUUAGAUAAUAAUAUUAAUUGUUUUCAAAAUGAAGAUGAUGAACAAAAAUAUUAUGAUGAAAAUAAUAUUCUUCAUUGUAAAGCUUUCAUAGAUGCUAAAAAAAAAUUAAGAAUGACAUUAAGUGGUGUUGAUAAUUUACAAAGUAAUAAAUUAAAUAUUACUUUACUUGAUUUUGAUGGAGAUAUAUUUGAAAGAGAAAAAUCUUUUUUAAUUGGAUUUUUAAAUCUUAUAUUAGCUGAAGCUAUAAAUAAUAAUAAUAAGAUAAAAGCUGCACAAAUAAGAGAAACUAUACGUUGUCUUUCUAUAUUUAGUGGACGUAAUUUACGUGAUCUUAUUAAAAUAUUGAAAGAUGAAUAUAGAAAACGUUCUUGUUACCAUGAAUAUCUUCAACAAAGUAAAUUAACAUUACUUCAUUUAGAAAAUUAUUUAUCUAAAUUAGUAAUGCAAAUUAAAAAUGAAAAAAUAAUUACAGAAGAUUAUUUAUUUGAAAUUUUAGUAAGAACAUUUAUGUCCAAACAUGAAACUUUGGUAAAUGAAUUUAUUAAAGAAAUUAAGACAUUAGUUGUAAUGGAUGAAAAAGCUGAAACAUUAAAUAACUUUUUAAAUAUUCUUAAUAGUCAAGUGUUAAAUGAUGAUAUGUGGAAAGGUGCUUCACAACAACAAUUGAAAAUUGUUACAAAAUAUAUUGAAAGAUCUGUUUAUGCUAGCAUUUAUAGCAUUUUAAUGUUUCCAAAUAACGAGGUUGAUAUUAUGAGAGAUGAAGUUUUUCAUAAUAGUGUUAAAAUAAUGUCUGAAACAAUAAAUUUAGAUCAUCCUGAUGUUAGAAUUCCAAAACGCCUUCAAGGAGAAUGUCCAUGGCCAUCUGCUCAAAGUGAAUUAAGUAUUAUUAAUGCUUAUAAAACUCCAAAGGAUAAAAUACAAUGUAUAGUUAGAUGUUGUGAAGAAAUUGAACAUUUAAUUUGUCUUUCUUCUUCAGCUUCUGCCGAUGACUUAACUCCUGUUCUCGUAUAUGUUAUAAUACAAUCUAAUCCAAAUUCAUUAUUAUCAACAAUUCAAUUAAUUGAUGGUUUUUAUUCAAAAUAUUCAGAAGGUAAAGAAGCAUAUUUAUGGGCUCAAUUUACAAGUGCUGUAGAAUAUAUAAAAAGUUUAGUUAAUAAACAUCUUUAA